AUGGUACUGUUGGAAUCGCCGCCCAUUGCACUCGAGUUUCUGGAACAGAUUAUGACCAAGGUUGAGGAUGCCGCCCCAGUGGCCGUACAAGUGGAGAUGGACCCCGAGGAUGCGGCGCCCGUCGCCGUGGAGGUUGCUCACUGGUUCUACGGGGUGCCCUGCGCCGGGGUUAAAUACUACUCCUUUCAAAGACGCCCCAUGACACCGUAA